AACUCCAGGCUGGAGCCAGGCAGCGCGUGUGUCUGGGCUGGAGCUGCAAGGAUCCACGCGUCUGGCUGGACCAAGUGUCGAGAGACGCUUCGACUGCAGAAUAAAACAUUUCUGAGAAAAAAUCUUAUUUUACCUGGUCACUAGGUUUGGAAGCAUUUAACCACGGCUGUCUGCUUGCAGCUCAGUGCGCUGCUGAGCGGAGCCAACUUGAGGUGAGAAGCGUUUGGAGAAGACAUCUGCUGCGCUGAUUGGUUUUUAUCUGAGGCAAAACUUUCAAAGUAGCGCCAUGGCACGUUUCAUUGAACCUUUUCUUUUCUUUUCGGUCAUCUUCAACCCAGUUCUCACUGAUUCUCUCACUGAGGAAAUUGAUGUUUUGGUGUUUUUGCCACAGAACAACUCUUUUCUGUUUUCACAUGCAAGAGUCGCACCAGCGAUCCGUUACGCACAGGACAGGCUGAGGGCAGAAUAUCCUGGCUUCCACUUUAACAUUCACUUUGAGAACUCCGACUCGGCCAACCACGCUGUGUUCACGCUGGCAGACAGGCCGUGUGGCCAGAAACCGGACCUUAUCCUCGGCCCAGUACGUGAGUACGAGGCGGCAGGUGUGGUGAGGCUCGCAUCCCACUGGAAAAUCCCGGUGAUUUCUGCAGGUGCUCUGGCCACCGCCUUCAAGAACAAGGAGACGGAGUACUCUCACCUGACUCGGGUCGCCCCGUCCUACGUUAAAAUGGCAGAGACCUUCACCGCGAUGUUCGAGCACUUCACCUGGAAAAGCGCACUGCUGCUCAUAGAAGACGACAUGAGGGAGCGGGACUGUUACUUCACUUUGGAGGGAGUCUACCAUCUGAUGGACGACUAUAAUGUUGAAUUUGAAAUAAUUCAUGAAGGGGUCCCUUUCAAAGUUGAAGACAUCUUCAAGACUAAUCAGGGCACUGAAGUGGUGAUCAUGUGUGCUGGAGCUGACAGGAUUCGAGAGAUCAUGCUUGCAGUACACAGACAGCAGAUGACCAAUGGCAGUUUUAUGUUUUUUAAUGUCGAUCUCUUCAAUGCCUCUUCUUAUGGCAAUGGCUCUUGGAGGAGAGAUGAUGAGUUUGAUGAUGAUGCAAGGCAAGCCUAUUCCUCCCUGAACACCGUGACACUACUCAGAACAGUCAAGCCAGAGUAUGAGAACUUCUCCAUGGAGAUGAAAAGGUCCAUAGAGGGACUUGGCCUAUAUGACUGCAAUGACUGUGGACAUGUUAAUAUGUUUGUUGAAGGAUUCCAUGAUGCCAUGGUGCUAUAUGCCAUUGCAUUACACGAGGGCAUGAAGAAUGGAUACACAAAGAAGAAUGGUACUGAGAUAACCUCCCACAUGUGGAACAGAACAUUUGAAGGAAUUGCUGGCCAGGUAUCCAUAGAUGUCAAUGGCGAUAGAGUUGGAGACUUCUCUUUAAUGGCCAUGACCAACAUUGAAGCAGGUAGCUAUGAGAUGGUAGCCAACUACUUUGGGAAAAAUAAAACCUUUCAGCUGUUGCCUGCCUUCAGCAGUGAUCAUUUCACUCUGGAAAGAAGACAGGAAGUUCCAGAAAAAGAAAAAGAAGUGGAAAAUCAUUCAUGUGGACUGGGAGUAUCAGCCUUAACUGGAGUCACGGUUGGAGCUGUUCUUGGAGCUGUAAUACUGAUAGCAUUCUACUUUUUCAGAAAAAACUACAGGAUAACCAUUCAGAGGCGCACACGAGGUGAAGAGCCUGAAUCCAUGAAGCAUCAUCAGUUACGAGAGGAUUCCAUUAGAUCAAACUUCUCAGCAGCAUAAUCCACAGUGAGGACAAGUUCCUUACAGAGAAGCUUACCUGUGAAUGUGGCCACAGAAGUGAUUCCACGUCAUCUACAAUCUGACAUUUCUGGUUUUAUUCAGGACAGUGUUACUUCUUAGAACCUGGGACUGUUUUAACAGGUACACAACACCAUCAGCUUAGAUUUUUCUUCACAAAAAGACACAAAAAUAAAAGUUAACUGCUGACCUGAAGAGUUUUCUUUUAAACAAAUGCUUUCCUUUUCUUUUCUUUUUUUUUGUAUUUUUCCGCUAAUAAGGUUUUCAGUUUACUGUGACCUUAUUGGAAUAACGUUUUACUCACUGAGCUAUUUUCCUUUUUAUCCUGAAAUGAGAGCUUUGCUUUAUGCCAUACAGGUUUGUACUUUUUAAAUUUAAAAUGAACUUUGAUUUAGAAGUUACAUUUAGGCUGUUUAUCUUUAUUUUCAAGAUUUGUAUUUAUUUAUUUAUUUAUUUUCUUUUUUUCUAAAUAGGUAAAUUUUACAGACUCCUGUAUCAUUCAUUAUAAUUAAAAAAAGAUUAGGUAUUGAGAUAAUUUGGUUGUUUUAUGGUCUUUUUUUAUUUAAUGUUCCAAUCAGUUAAUUGAUCACAGCUUUGGUCAUUUUUGUUCCACUAGCAAAUAAUAGAAAGAAGAAAUUAAUUUAGUUUUUCUGCUAUGUUAAGAAGUUGGUCCACCAGUUAAGCAAACGUCCCAAAUCUCCAGAAACAGCAGUAGAAAAUACGGUGCGAGGAAUAAAAGGGAAAUAAGGAAAUGUUCUAAAAAGAGAAAGUUAUGCAGUAGUUGUGAGGCAUCACAGUAAGAAGAUUUUUGGCUUGAACUUUAGCUUUGAACUCUGGAUGUGUGCUUUAUUUGUUCUCCAUGAGCCUGUUUGGGUUUUCUCUGGGUGCUCCAGUAUCCUCAGCACUGUAAAACUGUGAUUCACUGACAGUUACAGUACGCGGAGCUGUUUAUCCCCAAUGUUCUAAGACCCCACUCACCUUAACUAAAAAAACUCUGAAAAGUAGAAGAAUGAGCAGAUUUGAAUAAAAAAAGAAUACAUUUGUGACUGAAAAAUGUGGAAAUAAAAAUGCUAAAUGAUGGUGAAAUGGUACAAGAAAUAUACUUUUUUGUAUAU